AAGACGGCAGGGCGCGUGCGCGUCCCUCCUCCGAUCCGAAUCAUCUACAUCCGCGUCGCCCGGUCUUCAUCGGGCCCUUCACCGGCGACGAAGCCCCGCGGCGGCGAAGCCAGCAUGGAGCCCGUGCGUCCCUUUCCACCAGGUGUGCCCAUCCCUUCGCUUCCCUUACUGUUGUGCAAGACCUUAAACCCAAACCAUAUCUUAAAGCUAAUUGGUCUAAUCUAAUUUGGAUCCCUUUAAAAGGUCACCAUGCGUAUGCGUGUAUGUGCACAGCCAAUGCAAGAACAAAAUUACAGGAAGGUUGUUGCUCACAAAGUCAAGUAAAAUGGGAGAUACUGCCUCUGAUUGAGAGAUUGGAAUAACGACAUCAUAUUUUUUUUGAGCGCAAAGAUACUAUGAAAUUAUCUAGGUUUCUAGAUGCUCUAAAAUUGGCUGCAAUAGAUGUCUGAUUGUGAAACUCGUGACAUCAGAGACACCAUAUCAGUUUUUUUGAUCAAUAGUCUAUGCAAUAUAUGUCUAGCUUUCCAUGUAAUUAUUUAUUGUUGAAGUUCAGUUGUCUCCAGUAAUAGAUGUCUGAAGCAACCAUGCUUGGUAAAUAUUUUUCGGUUUUUAAAGUAUCUGAACAUAGCAUAGCAUAGCGUUAGCACGACAAUAUACUAUAGUUAGUUGAUCAAUCAUUUUUUUGUUGGCCAGUGAUUUCUGAAUUGAUUUCCAUCCAUCAGCAUAAACUGAAAUACUAAUCAAACUGCAGAUUAUUCGACCUGUAUUUUCAAAGAUCCUGAUGCUGUGGCCAGACAUCUGGUCUUUAGUUCUCACUUCUCACUUACAACCUGAAAUGGCUAUUAUGAAUUUUGCUGCAUCUUAGUGUUUGCUGAAACAGUUGGUGCUUAGUAGUUAUCUUUGCCUUGUCAACAGCUGCAGCAAAGGUAAUAUCUGCUAAAUUCUCGAUAUGUUGUUUUCCCUUAGUCAUCGUUCAGGGUUGCUGAUGAUUGUUUUCGAGCAUCAAAUUUUGCUAGCUCAUUUAGUUCCUCCAAGGUGGAGAGCUAGGCAAGAUGCAUAUUGAUAUAGGCAACGUCAUGGCUCAAAGCCUGUAUUCAGUAGGUCUAUAUGUAGCUUGAUUGCUUUAUUAUUUAUGAACACUUGAAAUUAUGUCUGUGGGAGUUUGCUCAAAACGUACUGAUGUGGGAGUUUUUGUUUUAGGGGUUACAGAUGAUGAUUUGUAGACAUGUGCACUAAUCUGACAGAUACCUCACCAAUCGGUGCUGAAGUUUUAUUCUACUCUUAGAAGUAAUAGCACAACAAUGUUUCAGUAGCUAAAUCUGAAAUAUCAUUAUUGUUUUUUAAGCGACUGGCCAUGCCUUUAGUAAGAUUAAGAUUGCAGUAAUAGCACAACAAUGUUUCAGAAGAAGGUAUCCAUAGUUGUGUUAGUUGUUUAUUUGGGUUCUCUGAAUUUUGGAAAUUAAGCACAAAAUUCUACAGGCAUAAUAAUUAUGUUACAUCUUGGUAUCCAACUGUAGAUAAGAGCUGGCCUCUUUAGAAUACCGAUGUCAAGUGGGUUGCAGGGUGUAACAUUUCCCAUGGUUUACCUUCUCCAGCUUUGGUUGUUCGCAAUUUGAUGUAACAUGAAUCUUAUGUUAGCUAACAUGAGGUUUCUGCAAUUUGUGUAACAAAAUCUCAUAUUACUCUUGUCUGCCUGACUUUUAUGUGUUUUGCCACCAGUGCUCUGUCAUGUCUGGCAUGCAUUUCCUUCACUUGUCGGCUUUGCUAAUGAUUGAGUGGGCUGUGAGUUAGCUGCAUAUUGGUACAAUUUUAAAAAAUAAUGGUAAACUCUGUUAGGUCAUGAUUCACCGUUACCCAUAGCAGUCAUACGAGGAACUUACUCGCUGACCCAAUAUGCAUGCUUGUUGUCCAGGUUUGAAGUUUCUUAGUAUUCUCUUCUGGUGCCGUGGGAGCAUAAGUUUUCAUUUUUUGUAAUGUCAUGGGUAUCUUCAGAGGUGCCUGGAUGGAGUGGACUAUCAAACGCACAAGUCACAACAUUCGGUGAUGUUUACCCUUUAGCAGCUAAACAACAGUUUUCAGUUUAACCCCCUUUUCUUGCUUGAUUUUGUAAUCAAUUAGGUAAUUAUUAGUUUUCUCUUGACUAUAGGCAUUUUUAGCCAUAUGAGAGGGUUCUGACUGAUUUCCGAAUCCUAUUGUAAUUUCUGAAUCCAUGAUCCAAUAGUAGCUCACACAAUAGUUAUCAAUUAAGGGACAUUUGAUGUUGAAAAAUCUCAAUCCAGAAAAGACUACGUACCAUAUGAUGAGGAUUAUUAUGCUUACUGGUUCUUGUUCUGUAUACCUAUAUAUAGAUGUAGUUAUGUCAACACUCAUUUAUGAAUGCAUGUUUUCUAUAUGGUUGGAUGGAGUAUUUGUUGAUAUUGGGAUGAUUUAAUAAUUCCUCCAUCCGUCGAUCUUGUUUGUUUGAUUCGGUAGAAAUACUUUUUUUGACAAAAUCACUUGUUGGAACAAAUCUUUGCUCGAGAUUUUAAGAAUUGUUUUGCUGUUUUGACGAACCAGCUUUUCAUGACACCGAAUCAUGCUGUUCCAAUAUAUAUAGCAGACAUAAUACAUGUAUGUUUCUGCACACUUGACACUUUAUUCAGUCCAUCUGCCUGGUGUUAAUUUCAGCAGUGAAUGCUGUCAGAUCCUAUGCUUGCUUAAUAAGAGUACUGAUGACCAUACUGGUUGGAGAAUGAGAUCCAUGAAAAGAAAAAAAUAAUUGUUGCGUGAUGAAUUGAUAGAGGGUUUGAUACUUAGUAGUUAGUAGAUAUAGUAGAGUUUGUGAGCCUAUGACGCUAUGUUCUCUGUGACUGUUAAUUUCAUAAACUUUGUUUUUUGGAUUAAAUAUUAUUUUAACAUUAGUAUUUAUUUUCACAGUAUUAUUGUUUUAUCAUCCGAUCUGUAUAUUUUUAGUAUAAAAGUUUAGUAGUCUCGUAGGAACGCACGGACAUAAACCAAGUACAACUAAAAUUCUGGAUGCGACAUCCGGUUUCGUUCCGUCGGUCCGCUCCACCGCGUGCCAUCGGUGAAAAAGGAAACUCCCGAACCCACCUCAUCCCGUCCCCGAGCGUCUCCAUCACCGCCAUCCGCGCUCCCUUCCAUCCUCCCUCGCCGCCGCUACCUGCGCUCCCCUCCAUCGUCCCCCGCCGCCGCCAGCCCCGGCCCUCGUGACUCCUCCAACGAUGGCGGCCACGAUCCCCGUCGCCGCCUCAAUCCCUACCGCAGUUGCGCCAUCACCCGCUCGAUCUCCGUUGGCCGCGCCCCGCGCCGCGAGCUCGGUGCCCGCGGCGCGCUCCGCCCACCGCGAGCUGCGGCGAGCUGCGGGAUAUACUGGAGGGAGUUCGAAAAGGACGGCGAAGGCGGCGGCGGCAGAGGGAGGAAGCCUACGGGGAGCAGGCGCCCGCCGCAGCCGCCUCCGCCCAGGCAGCAGCAACAGGAGCAGGAGCAGCAGCACUGGCGCGCGGAGAUGUGGCCCGAGCCCCUGCAGUCGUCGUCGCCGCCGUCCCCGCCGCGACGGUCCGGGAGGAACAAGAUAGAUCAGGAGCCGCUCAUCCCAGUGGGCUCCCUGGACUCCGCGUCCGCCUUUUUCGACGAGUCGCUGCACCCGCCCAGCUCCGGCUCCAGCUCCUCCUUCUCUGUGUCCUCGCGUCCUCCGCCGCUGACCCCGGCAGUCGCUGUCAGCGCCGUGCCCCGCCCGCUUCCGCGGCCUGCACACCUGCCGCCUCGCCAAGCGCAUCGCCGGGUCUGCCGCCGCCGCCGCCUGGGAGAGCAAGCCCGCCACCGAUGCCACCCAUGGUCGCUGCCGCUGUCGCGGCGCCUCCACCGCCACCUCCAAAACCAGCAGCCACAUCGCUGCCACCACCGGCCAAGGGCCCGCCUCCGCCGCCACCACCGGCCAAGGGCCCACCUCCGCCGCCACCCCCGAAGGGCAGCCCGCCCCCACCGCCACCGCCCAAAGGCCCAUCCCCUCCGCCGCCGCCGCCACCAGGAGGAAAGAAAGGAGGGCUGCCUCCGCCACCUCCAAAGGGUGGGGCAUCGGCGUCCUCCUCUAGGCCGCCGACAGCGCCGGGCAUGCCAUCCGGGGCCGGCGAGCAGCAGGCGAAGCUGAAGCCGCUGCAUUGGGACAAGAUGAAUGUGCAGUCCACCGACCACUCCAUGGUGUGGGAUAAGAUCACCGGCGGUUCAUUCAACUUGGACGAAGGCAUCAUCGAGGCUUUAUUCGGCACUGCAGCAGCAAACCGCAAGCCGAAAUCUGCAGACACCAAGGAAUCCGCUGGAUCGUCGGCCCUUGGGCGCUCAAACACGCCAGAGCAAAUCUUCCUGCUCGAGCCGCGCAAGUCGCACAAUAUUUCCAUCAUCCUCAAGUCCCUCACGGUGGGGCGGGAUGAAAUAAUCGACGUCCUCCGGGAUGGGCACACAGAACUCAGCACUGAGGUCUUGGAGAAGCUUUCGCGGCUCAACAUCUCUAAAGAGGAAGAGUCCACCAACUUGAAGUUCUCUGGGAACCCCGACAGGCUUGCCCCAACGGAGGCCUUCCUCCUCCGCCUCCUCCUUGAUGUGCCCAAUCCAAUUGCGCGCGUCAAUGCACUGCUUUUCAAGGUUAACUAUGGUGCUGAGGUUGCCCAGCUCAAGCACUCGCUUCGGACGUUGGAAUUGGCAAGCCAGGAGCUGAGGACAAAGGGCCUGUUCUUCAAGCUGCUCGAGGCCGUGCUCAAGGCAGGAAACAGGAUGAAUGCCGGAACAGCACGUGGCAACGCUCAGGCCUUCAACCUUACAGCGCUCCGCAAGCUCUCUGACAUGAAGAGCACUGAUGGGAGCACCACAUUGCUGCACUUCGUCGUUGAGGAGGUUGUUCGCUCCGAGGGAAAGCGGCUUGCCAUCAAUCGUAACCACAGCAUCCGCCGCUCAGGCAGUCUCGCAAGGUCUGGCCACGAGGGAGGCAGUUCAGCAGCAGGCUUUGCAAGCCAGGGGCCAUCACGGGAGGAAAGAAUGAACGAAUACAUGAACUUGGGGCUACCAAUUGUUGGUGGUCUCAGCACAGAGUUUGCCAACGUGAAGAGAGCCGCACUGGUCGACUACGAUGCAGUUGUCAGCGAGUGUGCCAUUCUAGACAGCCGACUUAAUGAGAUCAAGAAGCUCUUGGAGACCUGCAUUGACGAUGGAUUUGCGAGGGGGUUGCGAGGAUUUGUGAAGGCUGCAGAACAGGAGCUGAAGGCACUAAGAAGGGAGCAGGAAAGAGUACUUGAGCUGGUCCAGAAGACAACAGAGUACUACCAUGCUGGUGCCGCCAAGGAACGGAACGCACAUCCCCUCCAGCUGUUCAUCGUAGUGAGGGACUUCUUGGGUAUGGUUGAUCAGGCAUGUGUUGACAUCAAGAGGAAAGCGCAACAGAAGAAACCAGCACCAUCGUCAUCGCAGCCAAACGCAGCAGCUGCUGCCCCCAAGGUGGCGGCUGCGGCUGCGGCCACAACAGCGGUGACAGCGUCAGUGACAAAGGAAGCGACCCAUGGUCAAGCAGCACCAACUCAGAAACCACCCGAAGAGGCAGAUAGUAAAAGGAAGAGGGUCAUGCCAAGAUUUCCAAACCUACCAGCGGACUUCAUGAAGGAUAGUGCAGAUUCUGAUUCAAGUAGUGACGAGGAAUAGAUUGAACGGGUGGCUGUAAAUGAUUGUUUACAUUGUUUUGAAUUGGUUGUUUUAGAGGUAUAGGAUAGCUGCAGACAGUACAUAAAGCAAUUUUUUACAUUGGUUCUUUGGUCCAUUUCUUCAAUCAAGAUCCAUAUUGAGAGCA